CUUGAAAUAACUGUUAACCGAAUUGCUAACGGUUGCUUUCGUUUAUUUAGCACCAGUUUGAUCCACUUCAUUUUGCAGAUACGAAAACGACAGCAGUUUAAUUUAACGGGGGAAAUGGCGGAAGAAAAUACCGGUGAUGUUAGCGAACAGACGGCUACGCAGGAAAAAACUGCAGGAGGUAAACACUCAAAGAUGCAGGAUGUGGCUGAGGGGAAAUCAAAGAAGCAGCUCCCUGCAGACAUGUACUACAACUACGAGGAGCUUCACUCCAGACCUUCAGUCACACCCGACUCAAAAAUUCCAGAAAACUUCCUGAACUUCUCUCACUCCUUCGGUUAUGACAGUGGGCGCAGGGCGAACCUGCAGCUACUGGAUGACACAACUCUGAUGUUUAUAGCAGGCAACCUGCUUGUCUUACUGGACAUCUCGACCAAAGAGCAGAAAUACCUACGCUCCUGCAGUGGACAAGGAAUCGGCUCCAUCGCAGUACACUAUAGCAAGAGGUAUUUUGCUGUGGCAGAGAAGGGAAACCAACCCAACAUCAUAGUGUAUGAAUAUCCCUCGUUACGACCAUAUCGCAUCCUUAGAGGUGGUGCAGAGCGGGUGUACAGCUUUGUGAACUUUAACCCUGAUGGAAACCUGCUGGCCAGUGUGUGCAAUGCACACCACUACAUGCUAACGCUGUGGGACUGGAAGCAGGAGGAGGUGAUGCUGAGGUAUCAGGGCAUUUCUCCAGUGGUCUACCGAGUCAGUUUCUCCCCAUACAACCCUGCCCUGCUCACAUCGUCGGGAUCUCGGCACAUAAAGUUCUGGGAAAUUGCUAGCACAGUCACAGGUCUUAAAUUGCAAGGAAGUAUGGGAAUGUUUGGGUUAACUGCAGCAACUGAUAUUGAGAGCUGCAUGGAGCUUCCUGAUGGAAAGGUGGUGUCGGGCACAGAUUGGGGCAACUUGCUGCUGUGGGAGGAAAGUGACAUAAUCAUGGAGAUUUGUCGUAAGGAGGGGCGGACCUGCCACGUCGGGACAGUCCAGCCCUUUUCCCUAGAAGACGGCCAACUGCUGACGAUUGGCUCCGAUGGAGUGGUCCGAGCCUGGGAUUACGAGAGGAUCAAUGGUACUGCCAGUAACAGCGACUGCAGGAUGUUUGAGUUGGAUCCCCUAAACGAGCUGGUGGUUGGACACAAUGUCUGCCUCUCUUCUAUGGUGAAGAGCUCCCCGUCUGACUCCUUUAUCUGGUUUGCUCAGGACUCCCAUGGAGCCAUCUGGAAACUAGAUCUUUCAUUCACCAACACAACUCUUGAUCCCGAGUGCCUGUUUUCCUUCCACACUGGAGCGAUCAAGGGCCUGGAUGUAUCAAAGAGAUCCCAUCUGAUGGCCACGACCACUCUAGACCGUUCUGUCAAAGUUUUUGACUUUCUGGAAAAAAGAGAACUGACCACCAUUCAUUUCAAUCAAGGCGGCACUGCUCUCACCUGGGCUCCACUGUCCGUGAAUCAGAGUGGAUGUUUACUGGUGACAGGCUUUGAGGAUGGGGUGAUCCGCUUAGUGGAGCUGUACAACCCUCAGAAACCGCACCUUGUUGCAGAGCUCAGCAGCAAUGAAGAUGCCAAACUGAGACUCAAACAGGCCUUCAAACCCCACAAUGCUCCUGUAACUGCUUUGGCGUAUGAGCAAAAUGGAGAGAUCUUAGCCACGGGGAGUGCAGACUGUACUGUGUUCUUCUUUACUGUGGGGGAAACUUACAACCCCAUCGGUUUUACUCACGUUCCUGGUCCAGUACGAGCACUGGAAUGGUCACCUCAUUCUCAUCGAGAAAAAAGGCUGCUCGUUCUGUGUCAGAGCGGCCACGUAGUUGAGGUGCAUCGUCCUGAUCCUAAAGCCAAGCAGCCGUCCCACACCUUUCAUCUGUCUGAACUUCCCAGCAGAUCAUUCAGGUUCAAGAGCAUCAAAUCUCAAAUAAAGAGAGAAGAGGAAAUAGCAAGACGUCAGUUAAAAAAAUCGAAGCAACAAGAUGCAGAACUAAAAGAAGAGGAAGAAGAAGAACAAGAAGAAGAAGUAGAAGAAGAAGAAGAAGAAGAAGAAGAAGAAGAGUUACCACCUAUCUACAUUCCUGACCCUCCGAGUCCUCUCUACUGUGGCUUCUACUCACAGCCUGGCCAGUUCUGGCUCUCCAUGGGAGGAUUUGACUCAGGUUACUUGUAUCACUGUAAGUUCUCUGACAAUCAAGAUGAGGAUCCUAAAAAGCGGCAAGAUGAGCCCUUUGGCUUCCUGCCUGUCGAUAACGCAGACAAUGACCCCAUUCACGUAGUCACGUUCAGCUCCAACAGGCAGCUCCUGCUCUGUGGCAUGCACUCAGGCUCCAUCAGAGUUUACCCUCUGCAGCCUGGCGAUCACAGCCUCACCUCCAUGCAGGCCUACUGGACUCUCAGUGUCCAUGACAAUGACUACGGACACCUGCGGCACAUCCGCUGUAGCUAUGACAACCACUUUGUGCUGACAGCAGGAGAUGAUGGGAACAUCUUUUCAUUCAGUUUGCUUCCUCCAGAGGAGCUGCAAAAGAAAUUGCAGAUAAAGAGGGCCGAGCUUCCUUUGCCCAAGGCUGGUAUUGACAAUGACGCAUUGGCUCAGGACAUUGAACACCUUGCAGCAUACAGCUUACAGACAGCUAAGCAGAAGCUUCAUAAAGAUCAUUUACGUCAAAAUGCCGAACUGAGAGACCAGGAACAGCGGAGAAAACUCUCCGAACUGCAGAAAAAGUAUGAACAAGCGCUGAAAGUCAACCAGAGUCUGCCAGAGCACAUUCGCCUCAAACCUGAGGAGCUGCAGCUGGACCCACAGUUUUAUGAACACACAGAAAGGAUGAAGGCUGAGCGUGUGAUGAAGGUCAAGAUGCAGUUGGCCUUCGAGCAGGAGCGCUACAACAUAGCAUUCAACAAACUACAUAACUGGUUUAAGGCCACUCCAGAGGCUAACAUAGUAACUGUGGUGGCCAUCCACACCAGCCACAGGGUCUCUACCUACCAUCUGCCAGUCUUCACCAAUCAUUCGCCUCAGAUGAGCAAACCCAGCUCUCCUGAUGGAGAGAGAGAAGCUACUCCAAAACACACAAAAUCCAGAGCUGAGCCUGCAAAAGACACCAGCGACACAGAGGAGGAUGAGGUGCUACAUCCACCAGAGGUUCGCCCAAAGAUUAAGCUCGGAGACUGGCAGGAAGAAAGGCUCCGAAAGGCUGCAAAGAAAGCUGAUCAAGCUCGAGCCAGAAUAGAGAAGAAGAAGCAGGAAUGGGCCGAUCUUUAUGCAGAAAAGCCAGACAAGGACUGCGAGGACCCAGAGGAUGUGCAGGCCAUCUGUGAAGCCAAAGAGAACACUGGAGACAUAAAGUUGAAAUCUGAUGUUUCAGCGUCAGUAAACCUGAGGAUCAUUGCUGAAAAGAAGAGAGAGGACCUGAAUGCCCUGGAGGAAAACGUCUCUAAAAAGAAGGUUGAGAUGAAUGAACGAAUUCUGGCGUUGCGGGACUCCAAGAUUCGACUGGUUUCUUGGUUGCGUGCUCAGACUCAGCAGCUGCAGAAGGUCCAGCAGCGACUGGCGAUCCAUCUCCGGCUAAUUCCACCCGACCUGCCCAGUGUACUACCAGAGGAAACCCCAGAGAAGUGGCUGCAGUACAAGCUCACCGCCUUGGAGCGAUAUAGGGUUCUGAGGGAAAAAAGGUGUAACGCCGCCGAGCACGAAAAGCGAGAGGACGUCUGUUGGAGCAGCUGCGAGGUUGCGAGUCUGUUGGAGCAGAUCAAAAAAGAAAUGGAGUGCGAGGAGAAAAGAAAGGAACAAGAGGAGAACAGAGAAGAAGAGAAAACCGUCAGUCUGAGUCCUCCAUCUUCAACUGUAGAAGAAGAAACAGAAGAAGGUGAAGAAGCAGAGCGAGAUGAGUUGGAGGAGGAGCUGCUGAGAGAAGAGGAGAUCAGAUUACUCUAUGAGCAGGACUCACUGCUGAAAAAGAUGGAGAAUUCAAUGAGGCAGUUUGACAUGGAUCUAGUACUACUGCAUCAGCAGAAAAUGCAUCUGGACUCCAAGCUGAAGCUGGCUGACCUCCACCAGCUGACACUCUUAGAGGAGAUGCUGCUCCUCAGGCAGUUCAACAGGAGAGAGGGCAGCCUGCAGGAGAAGCUCACCGGAUACAUUAAGAAGGAGAAGAGCAUCAGAUCUACGCUGGAGGAGUCAAAGGAAGAGAUAGAGCUGAACAAGCUAGAAAUAGUGAAGUUGCAGGAGAAAGAGAAGACUCUGUUCACCACCUUCCAGGCCGCUCUGGGUGAAAACAAUAAGUUUGAAGAGUUUCUAACCAGAGUCUUUAAGAAGAAGAUCAAACGUGUCAAGAAGAAGGAGCAGGUAGAAAAUGAAGGUCAGGAGAGUGAUGAAGACUCUGAUGAAGAUGACUGGGAUGAGGAUGAUUGUGAAGAUUUCAGUAACACACAGGACGGAGCUGCUCUUGAUGACAGCGUUUGCCCUUCAGGAUGUGAUCCAGAAUUGUUCGAGUACGCGCUGAAGCUGCGCGAGCGUCGGCUGGACUUGGAGGAACUGUUGGUGAAGGAGAAGAAGACUGCUGAAGUUCUGAAGAUAGAGCGCGACUCCCUCAUCAAGAAGGAGAAAACGCUGAAGAGCUGUCGGAAGGGGGUAGUGGAUGACUUGGAGAUGGUCAACAGGGAGAUACAGCAGAAAAUGAACCAACUGGAUGUGGUGGUUCCUCUUAGACUGCAUCAGAUUCAGCUCGUCGAUAACGACUCGGUGCUGUCAGACUUGAGUGAAAUGUUGGUGCUGGACAGAACACAACUGAACAAGCUACAGGAUCGUAUCAAGGAGCUACAGAUGGAAAACAAGCGUCAGCGAGAACUGUGCCAUCAAACGCAGCAGCAGCGCACGAAUCUCAUCAGCGGCCUCAAAGUCAUGACCAGUGAGAUCCAGGUGCUGGAGGAACGAUGCAAUGAGCUGAUGAGGACGAAGUUUGGGAAGCUGGUGGAUCUGGAUGCUCUCCAGGUGCAGGCAGGGAACAGGAGAAUGGAGGAGCUCAAACAGGAACAACUCCUCAAAGAAGCUGCACAUGCCAAAGAGAUCAAGCAGUGGGAUGCAAAAGUAGACGAGGCGCGUUCCAGUCUGAUUGAAGUGACCACACACAACACAGAGCUGCUCCACAGACUCACAAACCUCCUGAAAGAGAAGAGUGACAUGGAGCGUAAACUGUUGAUCAGGCAGAGGAAAAUGGGUAAACUGCAGUACCAGGAUUACAGCAGACGUGAGAACCAGGAGGACAUUCAAAGGCUCAAGGAGAUGGUGAAAACACAGUCAGAGCAGGAGAAAACCCUCAGGAGAGAGAUCGACCUCCUGACCCGUAAAGGAAGCCACGUCGCACCCUCCAGCCAGGUCCACCUACCCCUGAUCACCCCCCCGGCCACUUCUACCGGCCACAUCAACUCCGACAAACAAGAAGUUAAACUUAAAGAUAAAACACACAACUCACCCAGCAAGAAAGGAGUUAAUUAACUGAACACAGAGGUGGAAAUGUGCAAACAUCUCUAGUAUAUGUUACAAGUUCAAGUUUGUUGUCGUAUAAAGACACACAACUGCUCACUAAUAUAACUUUUCAUUUUACAAAACAACAAUAAAUUAUCAUUUCAUAAUA